CCUGCAUAAGAAGGUCCACCGCCUGUGUCGCCCGCCCAAACAAUCACUAACAACGCUCCGUUCACCGCUCGAAAGCUCCCCUCGCCCCGGCCUCGUUCUCCUUGUUUCCAGGGCCCCGCUGUUCCUUCCCUUACGGAUCCUCAGCUGCUCAAGCAAAGAUGGCGCAGAAAACGACCCUCAAGGAGUUCGAGGCGGUCUUCCCCAAGCUGGAGGAGGCGCUCGUCGAGCAUGCCAAGUCCUACAACCUCCCCGAGCAAGCGCUGGAGUGGUACAAGAGGUCACUCGAGACCAAUGCCGUCGGCGGCAAGUGCAACCGCGGCAUGUCGGUGCCGGACUCGACGUCGCUGCUGCUCGGGCGGCCCCUGACCGAGGAAGAGUACUUCAAGGCGGCGACGUUGGGCUGGAUGACGGAGCUGCUGCAGGCCUUCUUCCUCGUGUCGGACGACAUCAUGGACGGCAGCAUCACGCGCCGCGGCAAGCCGUGCUGGUACCGCCACGAGGGCGUCGGCAUGAUCGCCAUCAACGACGCCUUCAUGAUCGAGACGGCCAUCUACACGCUGCUCAAGAAGUACUUCCGCGACCACCCGCGCUACAUCGACCUGGUUGAGCUGUUCCACGAGGUCAGCUUCCAGACCGAGAUCGGCCAGCUGUGCGACCUGAUCACCGCGCCCGAGGACGCCGUCAACCUCGACAACUUCAGCAUGGAAAAGUACCGCUUCAUCGUCAUCUACAAGACGGCCUACUACAGCUUCUACCUGCCUGUGGCCCUGGCGCUGUACCUGCUCGACAUCGCGACCCCCAAGAACCUCAAGCAGGCCGAGGCCAUCCUGAUCCCGCUGGGCGAGUACUUUCAGGUGCAGGACGACUACCUCGACAACUUCGGCCUGCCCGAACACAUCGGCAAGAUCGGCACCGACAUCAUGGACAACAAGUGCUCCUGGCUCAUCAACCAGGCCCUGGCCAUUGUGACGCCCGAGCAGCGCCGCCUGCUCGAGGAGAACUACGGCCGCAAGGACAAGGAAAAGGAGGCGGUCGUCAAGAAGCUGUACGACGAGCUCAAGCUGGAGCAGCGGUACCAGGCCUACGAGGAGAAGGUGGUCGGCGAGAUCCGCGAGCAGAUCGCCAGGAUCGACGAGAGCGAGGGCCUCAAGAAGGGCGUGUUCGAGGCCUUCCUGGCCAAGAUCUACAAGCGCAGCAAAUGAGCACCUGCCGCAGCAAAAGAGCAGCUGCAUUUUAUUGAGACUUAACCGUUCUGCAGCAUGUAGUCGGCCUGCUGAGCAGUCAGGCGCUUUGCAGAUUUCAGCGCCUUAAUACCCUAUCUUGUAAUGGGCGUUCAAAGCGAGGUCUACGGACGGCACGGGUGAACCAAAAACCAAAUCUAGAUCUCCUAUAUUUCGCAGAAUUCGCCUGUCCAACAGGCUAAAAGCGACCGUAUGCCGCCGACGCCAGGAAUUGUCCCAGCUCCCUAAGUCCGUCGGCCCCAUUCAUUUCCCAGUUUAGAGUCCAUUCAUGUGCCCCGGUGUCCCUAUCCGAGUUCCGCGCCCUUAGGGUCGACAGCCAAAAGCCAACGAGGUAUCCGAAGCCCAGCAAAGAACUGAGAGGGAAAGAUAAACCAAUGGGAGAGAGCCCGAAGGGAUCCAGCCUUUGAGCUGGGGGAGGAACAGAAAGCAAGAGAAUAGGAAAGGAGGCGAAGACGAAGAGGAAGAGAAAGGGCCGGAAAAGAGCGGGACAUAAUAAUCAAAUAAAAAGUAUAAUCAGCUGCUCAGUGCUCCCCGCUCAGCGGCAGGCCCUCGCGCCCUUGAAACGCAGCCCUCCCAUGCCUCUCCACGCUCCGCAACCGCUCAUUCACCCGGUCCGCCUCUCCAACCCCCAUCGCCGCCCGGCCCCGAUUCUGC